ACAACGUCUUGUUCAUAAGUUAUUGAUCCGUGAAAUCCGAAUCUGCCAAUAUCGUUCGACCUUUACUGAACUGGGCCGCGGGGUGAGGCCCCACGCAGUCUGCGUGAUCUGCGUGUAGGGAGGGGCGGCCCUGUAUAAUAACGUCAUAUUAAAUGCAGUCAUUUGGUCUUUAGCAACAGCUUGUGAGAGCAGCGCAUUCAUCGGUGUUCGUUUUAAUGCUGCCAGUUUGUUGACGGCCUGUGUGUUGAUGGGACUUCUCAUGCUCCCUAAAUGUUUCCCCUGCCUUUCGCCAGUUCUUAAAUCCUCCUUUCACAAAACUCCCAUCCCUGAUCUUGUCUGCACUGACGAGCUUCUUUUCUAUAGCAGAGCAACAGAAGAAGCACACCGCAUUAUCACUUUCUCUUAUAGUGAAGCUUUUUAUAGACUGCCGACACCAAAAUAAUAACUCAAAAAUAGUAACUCAAAAUAAAACGUUUGUAUUGAUUUGUUUAGUGAACUUUUUGACGUUGCAGUUACAACUCUCCACCAACAGAUGGGGGUGCUGCAGCCCCCUCAGCACACCCCCUUCCCACGUCCAUGGCAGUAAAUCUAUUCCUUCCAGAACUAGUGACAUGAGGUAACUUUCCUUACAGAGACAGAACGUUUCUGAAUCUACAGUAGGAGGCUCUUUAUCAGUACAGCAACAGUUCAAGCAGAUAAAUCAACUCAUAAACAACCUAUAUAUUUGCGCGUUGCAGGAAACGGUUUUAUUAAUCAUGAGUCAGUCAGUGAAUAAGACUUAAAACAGAAAGUAGUUCAUUGCUAUUCCUCUGUCAUUCAGAUAUAUGUUAGGUCUGAAUAUGUUACCCAAACAUUUUAUACCUGUCUUGUGUUAAAAAAACAAAACAAUUCUCAACAAAUAUUUUGACUAGAAUUAUUUCAAUAGUGAAAUGAACACCAUGUUCAGUCUCUGAGAGCACAUGAUCUCCAGAUGAUUUAGAUUCUCUCCUCUCAUCCAUCGCUUUCUUUUUGGAAAUGGGUGUUUUACUAAUAUUACCCCUGACAGCAAGUAGAUGAUUUAGAUCUCUAUUUACAAUUGAACAUAAUGUAUGUUUUUUGUGGAUGACAUUCACACACACGCUGACAUCCUGUCAAGCUCUCUGAUUCUUUCUCUCUGACUCUACUGCUGUCACUUUUUUUGAAUACCACCUACUUAAGAAGAUCAUGUUUGUAGAGUAGUAAUGAACUUGUUAAAUAUACACAAUACAGGUGCAACAAAAUCAGUUUUUCUGUUUAGUUGUAAAAUGUACUUUUUCAGUUUUUAUAAUUCUGUUUUCUGGAAAGUUUCUGUUUUCCAAAGGGUAUUUAAAAUCAAAAGGGUCUGAGGCCAUUGUUCAAUUCUUCACCGUGGAUAAAUGGCACUUUCAGUCCGUCUGUCACUUUAAGGGAUGCAUUUCAGACAAAUGGCUCAGUCCCCAGUGUCUUGCUCAGGCAGCUCCUGUGUGUGUGUGUGUGUGUGUGUGUGUGUGUGUGUGUGUGUGUGUGUGUGUGUGUGUGUGUGUGGUGUGUGUGUGUGUGUGUGUGUGUGUGUGUGUGUGUGUGUGUGUGUGUGUGUGUGUGUGUGUGUGUGUGUGUGUGUGUGUGUGUGUGUGUGAGAUCGGGGUGGUAUGAACCGAGAAUAAAAGCGAGCUUCGUGAAGCCACAAGUGUCCAGUUAUUAGCAUGCUAGUCCAGUCACUGUGGCCCUCCUUCCUUUCUGCUCUCAGACUGUGGGCCUGCUGUUUGAGAAACUUCAACAAACAUGUGCAUUUACUGCCGAAACUCACGGGAGACACCUGCAUUAAUAGGGAGGACUUAUCUGCAUGGCAACAAUGCGAUGGAAAAGGGCAGCAACCUGUUGUAACUCAGGUUUUUAAAGGGUUUUCGUCAGCUUUAAGCAGACUUGGCACGUUUCAUCACAUCUUUCCUAACGUGGCCGUAUCCUGGAUACUACUCCGGCUUGCUAACUGUCAAAGGAGACAAGUCUUUUUUGGAAACAAAAGAAGCACUUGAAACCUCCACAUCUCCCAGUCCUCAGCAUUCCUGACCACAGCAGAAGGAUCCUCCAACUACAACAGCGGAGAAGCUCCACAGGACCACAAAGUGCCACAGCUUUCCUCCAGGAUGCUCAACCUCAACUCAUCGGAUGAGAACAGCAACAGGAGCUCUCUGCAGGACCCGGUGUCUCUGAACGUAGGGGGGGAGAUUUACACCACCACCCUGGACACUCUGACCCGCUGUCAGGACUCCAUGCUGGGGGCCAUGUUCACCGGGCAGAUCCCCGUGCUGAGAGACAGCAGAGGAAAUGUCUUCAUCGACCGUGAUGGGAAAGUCUUCCGGUACAUUCUGAAUUACUUGCGCUCCAGCGCCCUGGACCUGCCCGACGGCUUCUCAGAGCUGGCACUGCUGCGGAGGGAGGUGGACUUCUUCCAGAUACGCCCCCUGCUGGAGGAGCUCUGCCGCUACGAGGCAGCAGUGCCUCUCAGCCUCAAAGGAGGGCCCCUAGGAGCCAUGAUCAUGGUCAAUGUGGAGUCCAAGGUCCGUAUUCUUCACUUUAACUUACGCCACGCGCCGGAGAACUACGAGCUGCGCACAUGCCUAGUGGCAGCCUUCACAGUGGAGCUCUUCUGUACCUGGAGAGCCUUCAUGGCCCUUCUUUGUGAGCGCUUCUCCUACAAAACCUCCAAAGGUCUCACCAGCCCCCAUCCAUCCAACCCGAGUCAGAACCGGCUGAAACUGGAGUGGGUGCCGCGGCCCGAGGAGCUCCCGCAGGAGCAGUACGUCAAGCAGCGCUACCAGGGACUGACGGUGUGUAACACCGAGGUCACGCAGUCAGGUGACAUCAGCGCGCACCGUGAGAUCACAGACAUGCAGGGCUUUGUGGAGGAGCUGCUGAAGUUGUCUUUGGCUGAAGGCUUCAAGGUGGAUCUGGUGACGCCUGAUCCUGUGGAAAUCCUCAACUGCACCUCGCUUCGUCUUAUCAAAUGCUAAGAUCUGCGCCAAGAACAUCAAGUAAAAAAACCCAGAACAUGCCAAGUGGAUGAAAUAUGGUUUGAUCUCUCUAGACACAACUGAACCAGUGAAUCCAGUAGGUUAGGGUUGAGGUUAGCCUUUAAUAUGGGGUGUUUGAAAUAAUAUGGAAAUAUAUGUUUUCGUCGGUCUCUGUGUCUGUCACAAUGUCAUAGUGUUGUUAACCAUAAUGGAUAACAAAUUGUGUUAAAUCUGGGUUAGCGCUUUCUUCUACGUCCAACACAACACUUUAGAUCCAUCUGUGAAAUAUAUUGUUCAUUUACUACAAUAUAAACUAUGCUGAGUUCUUGUUUCAUGUUGAUCAUGUCUAAGAGCAAUGAAGCACAGUAAAAUAAAAAUCUCUUUUUGGGAAA